AUGAGUAAGAAGGGUGGAAAAAAUGAAAAGAAAGAAGAAGUUAAAGAAGUCAAAGAAGAGGAUCCAUUCUUAAAGACGCUUCUCACAAGCUACAUGAAAGAGACCCCAUCAAGAAUCAAAACAAUCGACUGUUUCAUCAUCUUUCAGCUUUUGAUGGGAAUUUUAGUGUUAAUAUAUGGCUUUUUGUUUUGUCAUAACCCACUUAAUUCCUUUGUUUCUGCUCUUUUCUCGUGUUUCGGGAUGUUUGUCUUCACAAUGUCUCUUAGACUUCGCGAAGGUGAAAGCAACAACGCUCGUGGCUAUUUUGUUGAGUACAUUUUCUGCGUCAUUCUCCUCCAACUUGCUGUUGCAAACUUUUUAGGAUAA